AUGGUGCGCGUGCCCGGAUCUUCUGGCGACUCGGGAUUUCACCGUGAGUCCCUGAGCGAAGAUGAGAAGGUCAAAAUUGAACCUGGAAUGGAAGCGUAUGAGGAAGAGGGAUCGCCGCAGACGCGUGAUGAUAAAAGAUCCCCAGAUCGUCAGAGUUUUGGUAGGGGCUCUGAUGACAAGAAGAUUAAAGAGGAAGAUCGAGCGAUCGAUCUGGAAGAGAAACCUCGACACCCUCCUGAGGUCCCUUCUAGGACCACCGCGGAUCGUGCUGCAAGGCACAAUCCGCUGGGUGAAACCCUUCAGCGAAAACUGAACAAAAACUAA